CGUAGAUCUCGUGAAUUGUGGGUUCUUGAAAUGGGUGAUGCCCAGCCGAUUGUCGAACCAAUUCUUGUGGCUCGAAAACCAUCUCGAGGGCUUGGCACUGCCGCUGAGUAUCAACCACAUGCUCCAGCUGCUGAAAAACCAGCCACACUUGCUGUGAGAGAAUCGGAUAGCAUUGAAACAAUUGGAGCUGUUGCAAAAUGGGACAAGUUCGAAGCUUAUAAAAACCGACCGAAAGUGAACUGGAACAGUCAUCGUUCUGAAUCGACGACAUGUUCGAAUUUUCCGAAAAUUCCUUUUUUUCCAGGAGUAUCACCAAAAGUGGAGUCGCGAGUGACCGCGAUGCGGCGUCGCUCGUCAGUCGCGCGAGACCGAUGGGCUACAAAAAUGGAGUUCCUACUAGCGGUGGUCGGGUAUGCGGUCGAUCUGGGCAAUAUCUGGCGAUUUCCAUCAGUCUGCUAUAAGCAUGGCGGAGGCGCAUUUCUGAUCCCUUACUUGGUAAUGUUGUUGGUUGGAGGCUUACCGAUGUUCUAUAUGGAGUUGGCGCUGGGCCAAUUUCAUCGAUCCGGUUGCGUGAGCAUUUGGCGGAAAGUGUGCCCGUUAUUCAAAGGGAUCGGAUACGGUAUCUGUUUUAUUUGCACAUUUAUCGCCUGCUUCUACAAUGCUAUCAUUUCACAUGCCGUCUAUUUUGUUGCAAGUUCAAUUGCGCUUGAAGUCCCAUGGAAGACUUGUAAUAACUCAUGGAACACACCGCUUUGUACCGACACACUAAACGACACAUUGGGAAAGGGCGGUGAACGUCUGACGACGCCUAGCGAAGAAUUCUAUUUUCAUCGAGUGUUGGAAAUCCAGAAAUCUACUGGAUUUGACGAUUUGGGAGGAGUAAAACCAUCAAUGGCACUGUGCCUAGCCUUUGUUUUUGUUCUCGUCUACUUUGCCCUUUGGAAAGGGCCUAAGAGUUCAGGAAAAAUGGUAUGGGUGACGGCUACUGCGCCGUAUAUCGUUCUGACCAUUCUGCUCAUUCGAGGCGUAACGCUACCCGGUGCUGCUAAAGGAAUCUACUACUAUCUCACGCCAGAUUUCUCGAAACUCAAUGAUCCAAAGGUGUGGUCAGCAGCAGCUUCGCAAAUUUUCUUCUCUCUUGGGCCAGGUUUUGGUGUAUUGUUAGCGUUGAGUAGCUAUAACGACUUCCACAAUAAUUGCUACAGAGAUGCGAUCGUCACGUCAUCGAUCAAUUGUUUGACAUCAUUUUUCUCUGGUUUUGUUAUCUUUUCAACACUGGGUUACAUGGCUGAACUUACAAAUAAAGAAGUCAGCGAGGUUGUCGGCGAUCAUGACGCCUCGCUGAUCUUCAUCGUCUAUCCACAAGCAUUAGCUACGAUGAACUACAGUAGUGCAUGGUCAUUCAUCUUCUUCAUUAUGCUUAUCACUCUCGGAAUCGACAGCACGUUUGCUGGAAUUGAAGCCCUGAUCACCGGUCUAUGUGACGAGUCCCGAUUUCUCUCGCGUAAUAGAAAAUGGUUUGUAGGCGUGGUUUGUGUAAUCUACUACUUUGGCAGCCUUCCAGCAAUCAGCUAUGGAGGACAGUAUGUGAUUCCAUUUCUCGAUGAAUAUGGUGUUUCGUUGUCGGUUUUGUUCAUAGUCACUUGUGAAAUGGUAGCCGUCUGCUGGUUCUAUGGAAUCGACCGUUUCAGCAAUGAUAUUAAAUCGAUGCUGGGGUUCUAUCCAGGAAUCUAUUGGAGGAUAUGUUGGAUGCUCUGUCCAAUAUUCAUCUCGGUGGGUUGCCAUCCAGUUAUUGUUGUUCAGGUUACCUUCGUUUGCAAUAAAUGA